AUGGGUAUCGUCGUUAAAGCUCUCGGCGCUGGCCUCGGCUUCACCUCUGAAGCUAUCCAUGCUGCCCGCUCCCGCUCAUCCAACAAAACCUCUGCCUCUCCUUCCCCUCGUGAUCUCUCUGUCCAGGAGAGCAGUGAGCACGCCGAUGUCGACACCAUCACCGUGGGUGAACAUGUCCCUAACGAGUCCGUAAAAAUGCCGGUCGAGUCAAUAGAGGAGAAAAGACCGAGCAAAGCCGAAGCGGAAUAUGACUUGAGAGAGUAUGGAUCUGACUCAGAUGACCUGUUGCGCGGCAUUGAUCAGGAUGAGGCGAUUUGGGAACUCGAUGAAACGGCCCAGCGUGUGACCUUGCCGACAUAUGAAGAAUCCGAAGGAACAGUGGUGGCCGAUAUGGCGGAGCCGGUGGAGAUCAAGGAGAAGAGGGAAAAUGACAUGGUUCGUGGUCUUGUUGAAAUAGCAGGCCCAGUGUCGUCCCAGGUGCAAAAGAUCCCUUGUCCUGUGAUUAUUCCCCAACGAAGACCCGGGAGAAAGGAUCGUGGGUUUGUUCGUGCUUAUGCGCCGCUAUUAGCCGAUUGUGGCAUUAGCCAGGACGUUUUCUUGCAGUUUCUGAAAGACUUUCAUAAAGCAAGCCUGGCUUCCCCUUGGAUCGAAGUAAUCUAUGCCGCAGCUGGUAUCGUGGGCCUCGUCCCCGGAGUAGCAACAGCUGUCACAGGUGCCGUCGUCCAGCUGGCGGUAGGAACGGCCCGCGAACUACAAACCCGUCACCGCAGAAACACCUUCCUUGACAAAGUGAACCAAGACCUAUUCAUGCCUCGUGGUCUCUUUGCCAUGAUAAUGGCAUUCACAGACGAAGUCCCCAGUCAGCAGCAGGAGGGAGGGGUGCACAGUAAACUAACUAACCCGGCUGGACGAACACUAUUCGCAAGCGAAAGGCUUAAUAUCAAUGAUGCAACUGCGAAAUAUAGCAAUUACAAUCCAGAAGCGUCGAGAUUAAAAAAGAACCUAAAAGAUUUCAGACUCACAAGCGGCCGGACCAACGGCGAAAUUGAGCUGCCUGAGGCUGCGCCGCUUAUAUAUCCUGACUUGGAUCGAGCUGCGGCUCAGGCGAUGGAAGGGCAAGAGAAAGGGCCCGAGGGACCGCGACAAAAGCUGAGGAACUCGGGUAAGUGGGUGCAGGACUACAUGGAUAGAAAGGCCCAGGCAUCAUAUGCAGCCAAGAAUCCGGAGUCCGCUCUAUCUGUCCCCUCGUCAGAACGAAAAGGGUUUGUUUCCCGCUUUAACGACCCUAAUCACCCGGCGAAUACAGGAUCGCUUGUCUCGCUCCUUACCGGCGGCAAGAUCAAGUUCAAGGGCCCGUGUGACGUUGUUGGAGAGCACGUGAAUGCGUGGCGGGAAUCCAAAGAUGCCGAGCGUGUUGCUCGAGGCCAAGCUCCACGUGGUAAAAAGCAGAAGCAUGGCCUUAUUAAGAAGGUUUUGCUACAAGAUGUGCUGUAUCUGCUUAUCGUCAACCUCCCUACCGAGGAAGAGGUCGAGCAAUCGGCUGCUGAGUUGGAGAAUUUUAUGCAGCAGAAUGCACCCUCUCACAACUGA